AUGUGGAAGGAUAACAGCAGUAAAACGACCAAGGUUUCCUAUCCUGUUUACUGGAAAGUUGAUAGUCAAAACUGUGAAACCUGUCAAAAGGAUGAGCAGCAUGAACUAUCAGCAGAAAAAGCCAGACGUGCAUUUCAAGCUGAUGCGUCCGACAAAUGUCCAGAUAUCAUAAUAUUUGCUGCUGAUAUGCAGUGCGUCAUUUUAUUACCCAAAUUAACUACCACAGAGCAUCAGUUUGAAAGUAGGUUAGUUGUUUUUAACGAGACCUUUGCCUCCCUUACAGAAAAAGGUGAUUCAGUCAUACUGUUUCACGAGGCAAUUGCGGGACUACAUUUAGUUGAAAUCAGAUGGUGA